AUGGAUUAUAUUAAGAUUGCAAAGGUGUCCAACAUCACUCUCCACAGACGGGCUCAGUCCGUGGAUGGAACUCUCCAUCUGACGACCCAUCAUCUGAUUUUUACGCUGCCAUCAAGCUCAGCUGCGUCUAAGGGCUCCAGGGAGUUCUGGUUGUGCUACCCCAUGAUAGAGAAGGUAGAGUUCAAGCUAGGCUCGUCCUUGUUGUAUCUGGAAGGCGCGGUAAACGCGAGUGGUGCUAGCCAAGUGAAUCCUUCUGCAAUCGGUGAUGCUAGUCCCCAGGGCUCAUUUUCUCCUCCUUUAGAGGGUGGUAUUGCUUCUGCUAUAAGCAAUUUCACCGCCUCCCAUAUCAUGUCACAGUCGUUUGUUUCGACGUCGCCUACACCCUCGUCUUCUCACGCAGAAUACAAUGCGACAAAUAAGGUUCUUUGCAAAGGAGCUUGUCUGAGAAUACGCUGCAGGGAUUUCACAUUUCUGGCGUUUGACUUCCAGAAUCCAAAAGUCUGUAACGAGGUGUUCGAAAGCAUCAUGAGACUGACCUGUCUUGACUCGAUAGAAAAGGUAUAUGCCUUCAUUUACAAGCCUGUGCGGAUAGAACAGGCUUAUAAUGGCUGGAAGGACUAUGAUUUGGAAACCGAGUUCAAAAGGCAGGGAUUGAGGAUCCAGAUCGAAGACAUGGAACAUGGGGAAGGUGAUUUAGAACAAGUUGACGAGGAUGAUAGCAUGGGCAGCACAAGAUGGAGAAUAUCUACUGUCAAUCAGAACUAUCGACUUUGUAAGUCGUACCCCUCACUUUUGGUGACCCCAGCAUCGAUAUCGGACUCUGUGUUAAGUCAUGCUGCCAGGUUCAGGUCCAAGAACAGAAUACCUGCUUUGUCAUAUUAUUACAAAUACAACGGUUGUUCUAUUGUGAGAUGCUCACAACCUUUGGUGGGAAUUAAGCAAGCACGAUCCUUCCAAGAUGAAAGGCUACUUUCCGAGGUCUUCCGAACCAAUGAUGGUCAUUUAAAGCAAAACCUCAUAGUGGAUGCAAGACCAUUGGCCAACGCAAUGGCUCAAACUGCCCUUGGAGCAGGCACUGAGAUAAUGGAUAACUACCAGAAUUGCAAGAAGAUCUUUCUCAACAUAGACAAUAUCCAUGUGAUGCGCGAGAGUCUUGGAAAGGUUGUGGAAGGCUUGAAAAAUGGUGACAUCACCACUGCCCCAGUCAAUCGAGAAUUGCUAGUGAAGAGUGGAUGGUUAAAACACAUAUCGAAUAUGCUUUCUGGUGUGGAUGUGCUAGUGAAACUAAUUCACUUGAAUGCGAGUCAUCUGCUGAUUCACUGUUCUGACGGAUGGGACAGGACAUCGCAGAUCUGUUCUCUGGUGCAAUUGUGCAUAGACCCAUACUAUAGAACGAUAGACGGAUUUUGUGUUCUUGUGGAGAAAGAUUGGCUCUCUUUUGGACAUCGGUUCAACGAGAGAUCAGGUCAUUUGCAGAGUGAAACUAAGUUUGUCAAUAACUCAGAUUUUUCAUCCUCGAAUCAGGCCCAACAGGCGAUCAAAUCAGUUUCAAACCACUUCAAACACAAAAAGCAUGUCAAAUACACUUCUCCUGUGUUUCACCAGUUCUUGGAUUGUAUAUACCAGAUUAUGAGACAGCAUCCAAAGGCAUUUGAGUUCAACGAGAGGUUCCUGAGAAGACUCAUCUACCACCUAUACUCCUGUCAAUACGGAACGUUUUUGUACGAUUCCGAAGCAGAGAGAAAGCUUGCAAAAGUCGAGGAAAGAACAACUUCGGUAUGGAACUAUUUCAAGGCAAGACGUCCUGAGUUCACCAACACAGCGUAUGAGCAGUUUGAAGAGGUCAUAUACCCUAACUUCAAGGAUGUGAGAUGGUGGUUUCAGCUGUUUGGAAGACCUGAUGAAGAGAUGAACGACUAUUUGAUACACACCCCUGCAGAGCUUUCCAGAAAAAAAGAGUCUUCCACAGCAGAUUCAAAGCUCGUCGUUCCGGCUGCUGUGGAAUCACCAAGCUCUUCAACCGUGUCAUUGGACGCUACAAAGCUACCGCUCAGUCUAAGGGAUACUGACGAUCCUCUCAGCGAAGACGGAGAUGAAGAAGAGCACAAUCCCGGUUCAGAUCCUCUAGGUGCUUCUCUAGAUGUUUCUGCUUACAUAGCUGAUUCCAGAAGCAUGUUUCAUACAAGGACCAAAGAGCUCUUGCACAGUUUGACUAAGGAAGACAAUGAGAUAGAGAUGUCUGAGACGGGGUUGGAAACACCAAUGAAAGGAAUUAGUCUGAAUAGUGGCUCGGUGCAAUAG